GUCGCGUUUUUUAGUACGUCAUAGUUCGUCACUUCCGGAAGUUGAACUCAAACUGCAGCGUUUCAUAACGUCCAUUCAAUUUGAAUAACAUUCAGCAUGUCAGACGGAGAAUUAAUUUCUGUGGAUUAUGAAGUAUUUGGAAGAGUCCAGGGCGUCUUUUUUCGAAAACAUACACAGAAAUGUUCCAUGCGCAGUAAUGUCACCGGACAUGUUCUGUCUGUUGGACUUUGCAGGCCCAGGGGAAGAAGCUCGGCCUGGUCGGUUGGGUCCAAAACACGAGUGCGGGAACUGUGCAAGGGCAGCUCCAGGGCCCCCGCAAAAAGGAGCGGCAUGGUGCAACAGCUGGAAAGGGUUGGCCUCACAGUUCUGAGUUCCUGGGUUCGAUCUCGGCCCUCCCCGUGCCUGCGUGGAUUUCCUCCGGGCACUCCGGUUUCUUCCCACAUCUCAAAAACAUGCAACAUGAAUUGGACACUCUAAAUUGCCCCUCGGUGUGAUUGUGAGUGCGGCUGUCUGUCUCUAUGUGCCCUGCGAUUGGCUGGCAACCAGUUCAGGGUGUACCCCGCCUCCUGUCCGUUGACAGCUGGGAUAGGCUCCAGCACUCCCCGUGACCCUUGUGAGGAUAAGUGGUUUGGAAAAUGGAUGGAUGUAUUGCCCAUCCAAGACAUUUUUAGUUAUGAAAUUAUGCAAGGUUUAGUACAGAGUCUGAUAACUCUGCUGCUUCUGGUGCCAUUGGCUAUACCAGUUCUUAAAAGUGUGGGUGGUUUCUGCUAUAGUGAUAUGCGUAAGAAUUAUUACAUGAAUUCACUUCAGUUGUAUUCAACUUUAUAGAAUUUAUUCACAUUUCACUUUUUACAAUGUUUUUUUUUUUUUUACAAACUUUUGUUUAAAAUUUAACUCGCGUGCAACACAUUCAAAUGGAAUCAUUUUAGUAGCUCCAGACUUUUUUUUUUUUUUUGCUGUAUUCAAACAAUAUAAAAGUUUCAACUGCAUCAUGGUUUUGUUGGUUAAUUGUACUUCUUAGGAAUUAAACUUUUUUUUUUUACUUUGACUAUUCUAUAUUUUAAUGUCGGUAAUGAUGGGCAGUUCCUGAAGAGCUACAUACUUGGUAUAAAAAAAAUACUGAAGUGUCCUGGGCUCGACACUUUCAGGGUUGAAUGGGCCUGUUACGAGUAUUAAAAAAAAAUAGAGCUCACCCGUGAUGGUAUAUUUUCAUUUCAAAGGAUGUAAACACUAGUGGGGUUUACAGAAAUCAAGUACAGUAUUGCAUAUUGAUAUUGUUGGGAAUAAAGGGUGACGAGUGUUUUCACAUUGAUAAUUAAUAAUUUGAGCAUUUUUUUUAUUUCACGAGUGUGUAUCAAACGAGAUUUAAUUAUUAAUUAUUAAAAGAAGUUCUCUGAUUCAAAAUGUUAGCGCCGCUAGGCACAAAAAUGAAACCCCAUCACAUUCCCUGCAGUAGAGGGCGCACGAGAAUGGCGAGGCCAUUUGUUUCCUCCACAACACGAGACGUUAGCACGUUUAGUUGUAGCUUCCGGUGACUACGAAUAACCGAUGAGCGAUUUUCGUUUGUUUUCCUUCAUUUUAAGAACGAAUUCGUGGCAGUGGUGAAAAUGUUCCUCUGUCACCACACGGGUACUCGGGAAAAUAAACGGCGACGUUCCCAAACCAGUGAAAAUAUGCAACCGUUAUGAUUAAAUGUCUGUCGGAAGAGGUUCGGGUGAAACUUCGCUCCGGUGCCGGCGUCCCGUCCCUCCAACAAUGCGUCGAGGAGCUCCUUCUCAACAGCCUCGACGCAGGGGCGACGUGUGUGGGCGUCCGGAUGGAUCUGGGGGGGUUCAAGGUGCACGUGAUCGACAACGGCGUCGGUAUCAGCGCGGAGGACAUGGAGUGCGUGGGGAACAGAUACCACACCAGCAAAUGUCACUCACUGGGCGACCUGGACGAGCUCAGCUGCUACGGCUUCAGAGGUGAGGCCAUAGCGAAUAUCGUUGCUCUCGCCACGCUUGUAGAAAUCUCAUCGCGAGCCAGAAACACGGGCAGGACGAUGGUUAGGAUGUUCACAAAUGGCAAGGGGAUGGGCGUGUUCGAAAAAGACACUUGUCGACCCACUGCCGGCACCACGGUCGCCGUCUGUAACUUCUUCCACAACUUGCCCGUGCGCAGGAAGAGGAUGGACCUGGUCCUGGAAAGUGAGAGGAUCAGACACCGGGUGGAGGCCAUAUCUCUAAUGCACCCCUCUGUAUCCUUCACCUUGAAGAAUGACUGCACGGGAGCCAUGAUGGUGCAGCUCCCCAAGGCCAGAGACACUUAUCACAGGUUCAUCCAGAUCCACAGCCUGGCCCGAGCUCAGAAACUGGGAGAGAUCCAGCACACGUGUGCCCAGUUUGAGGUGACGGGUUACCUUGGCAGAGAGGGCCACUACAACGGUAGCUUGCAGUUUGUGUAUGUAAAUGGAAGACUGCUCCUAAGGACGCGCAUACACUCGCUGUUGAACUCCCUUCUACGGAGGCUUAGCAGUCCAACUCAGAGGACCGACAGCUUAGAAAAACAGUCUGCCGUCAGGAGCCCCAAGCAGAAACGCAGCCAAGACCUUCACGGAAUAUACAUAAUUAAUAUCAAGUGUCCUUAUUCAGAGUAUGAUAUUAGUCUUGAGCCUGCCAAAACCCUAAUCGAGUUCAAAGACUGGGAUGGUGUUUUGCUGUGCGUAGAAGAAGCCAUAAAAGCUUUCCUGUGCAGGGAGAACUUGGUGCUCUCCCCACAUGAGUCGCAGGAAGCGUCGCCAAGGUUGAUUAAAGUCGACGUGGCUCCCCAAGAAAACAGCAGGGCUGAUCAGAGUAUCGGUACAGCCUCCAUUUGUGCACCGACACUGGCAUCGCAAUCGGUUUAUCGUAAGCGUGAGGUUCGCGUCGAAUCCAGUGCGGUUGAAUCUGAAAGCGAAGAACAUGUUGAUCAGACUCGGCAGGUUCCUGUCGACGACGUCGCAGAAGAGGAGGAAACCAAAUUUAGUAAAGCUGUAGACUUGGAAAAAGAGAUCAGUUUAUCACAAACAACUGGGAAUGUCAAUUUUCACAAAACUGUCAAUCCAGCAACUCUUGUUCCCCGGGAUGUCGGGAGGGAAGAAAAUUCUUUCAGAAAGAUCCGUGUCUCUUGUCCGUUCAUCCACGACUGUCUGCAGGUCGCUUCCCACAACACCAGGACCCAAUUUCAUCAGAAGCGUCCAAAGCACAAAAUCUCCCUUGACUCACACCACGAUAGAGUGUCGCUGAGAACACACGGAAACUUUUCCCACCCUGUCCCCUCAAACAUUCCCAACACUGUAGCCGAGGAAUGCGGGUCACUUGACAAGUUCAGAAGAAUUUAUGGAAAAUCUGCGGAGACGAAGGUCACUCCGCUGGAGAGUCAGACCCGCACUGGGCUACCUCGAUUAAACGUUGUGGAGGAUCCCCAGAAUUGUGUUAUUUCCCAGAACCAGCAACUGAAAAGUGAUGUCAAAGAGCCCCAAGGUGGCCCCCAAAACUCAGCUGCUCUUUCGGGGUACACCAAACUAAAACACACUUCAGCCAAACAAUCUUUAGCAGGUAAACUUAAGCACCUAAAACAAAACGCAACACCACCUAGUUGUCCUUCUCGAGAAAAAUCAAAUCAAAAAUCAAGCGACGAAGUCUUUCAAGACAGCGAGAACAAUGAGACGGUUACUAGUGCCGAACCUGUUGCAGAGGUGGCGACCGAACCACCUACGGACUGGCUGCAUCAUUUCGAUACCGAAGUGGGAAAAACCGUGUACGUCAACAAAGUGACCGGGCUCAGCAAAUACCAGGAACCGCCGACAGAAGAAACUAAGGCCCGCUGCACAUCUGAUGUCACCAACAUGGCCGUCAGUGUCGUCUCUGAAACAGGGAUGGAGUACAGGUGUUACCCAUUCCAGGCAGGGCUAGUGCUGCCCUUCCUGCCGAAAGCUGGAAGGGAAAGAGUGCUUAGUGCAGGGACAGAUGACACAGGUGAAAGUGUCAAGAUCACCAACUCACUCUCAUCUUUGUACUCAAACUGGCACAACCCUGUGUUUGUUCGUCCUCCUGAGGUGGGUAUAGACAUCUCAAGUGGGCAAGCUGAUGGGCUGGUUGUAAAGAUCCACAACAUCCUGUUUCCUUACCGCUUCUCCAAAGGCAUGAUACAGUCUAUGAAGGUGAUCAAUCAAGUUGAUAACAAGUUCCUUGCGUGCCUUAUGAAUACAACUGAUGAUACAGACAGUGAAGGGAACCUCGUGGUACUGUUGGACCAACAUGCUGCACAUGAAAGAGUCCGUCUUGAAAACCUAAUAGCAGAUUCCUUUGAGGACGAUCCAAAUGCACCCGGUGAGAGACGUCUGUGUUCAUCCACUAUUUUGCCGCCUCUGCACAUCUGUGUGACAGAAGAGGACCAAAGGCUGCUCAGGUCUUGUCAGACUCAUUUGCGGAGCUUGGGCCUGGAAGUGACGUUCUCGCAGGGGCAGAAUGACGAGGUGCUCGUCGGGAAGGUGCCCGUUUGUUUUGUGGAAAAGGAAAAUAACGAGCUUCGGCGGAAGAGGCCGUCUGUCGUCAAGCGUGUUGUUGAGGAUUACCUUCAAGAGCAGAUGGAGUUACUGCGCUCUACCGGUCGAAUGAAAGGAACUCUACCACUCACAGUGCUGAAAGUCCUCGCCUCUCUCGCGUGCCACGGCGCCAUCAAAUUCAACGACCGCCUGAAUCGAGACGAGUGUCGCAGCUUGGUGGCGUCUUUGUCGUCCUGCCAGUUGCCCUUCCAGUGUGCCCACGGUCGCCCGUCCAUCGCGCCGCUCGUCGAUGUCGUCCAUUUGGAGCCCAACCAAAAGGAACCCCAGAAACCAAACCUUGGAAAGUUAAGAAGAUUGUACAAAGCAUGGGUGCUAUAUGGGAAUAGGUAAUUUUUUAAUAAAUGGGUUUGUAUAAUGGUUAUGUACGACUGGUUAGAGUCUCUGCCUCACAGUUGUGAGGACCGGGGUUCAAAUCCUAGCCCCACUUGUGUGGAGUUUGCAUGUUCUCCCUGUGCCUGCUUUGGGUUUCUCUAGGCACAACGGUCCCCCCCCACCCCCCCACCCCCACAUCCCAAAAACCUGUAUUAAUUGGACACUCUAAAUUGCCCAUAGGUGUGAACGUGAGUGCGACUGGUUGUUUUUGUGUGCCUUGCGAUUGGCUGGCAACCAGUUCAGGGUGUGCUCCGCCUCCUCCCCGAUGAUAGUUGGGAUAGGCUCCAGCAGUCCCGCGACCCUUGUGAGGAUAAGCAGCUAAGAAAAUGGAGGGAUAUUCACAAAUCAGACAUGGACAACAGAGCAGAAACUGGAGAAAAACAUUCUCGUUUCUGAAAUCUUUUUUUCAUGAGGCAUUGGGAACAUCUUAAUACUAUUUUAGUUGUAAAUAGUUUGUUUGCAUAUGUAAAAGCUUAAUAUGAAAUAAUUUUACUGUUAACAGUAGUAGUUGUCAGGUGCGUAUUCGUGAGGAUGUGGUUGUCGCAACCGGCCCACUUCUUUAACACUCCCGCAGGCAGAGCAUGCAAACUCCACACAGGAAGGCCUGAGCCAAGAUUCAAACGCUGAACUUCAGAAUAAUGAGGAUGUAUUUAUUUUUUUACACCCUCAAAUGGGACACGAGUAUGGACAGUACAGUCAUCAGCCCAUAUUGGGUGUUCAUAAAGUUUCUUUACCAUUUACCAUAUUUAUUACAUAAGCAAGUGAAUAUACAAGUCUGUGGAAGUGCUUAUGAAAUGACGUACUUUUGCUAUUGUUUGCUAUGGGCACUAAUAAUAAUGUGAAGCACGAAUUGAUGGUCAGAACUGUAAAUGUUUUCCAUACGUAAUGCUGUAGUUCCACCGAGUCUGCCUAUCAAGUUUUGUUUCAAUAAACCAAGGAUCUUUUCUUUUGGAGUAUUUUUUCGUUUUUUAUUUUUUUUUAUGGGUGGGUGUUCGCAACACAUUUUAUGAACUAAACACAAAUGAUGCCAUGCAUUUCAAUCUUUGGUAACUACUGAGUAGAUAAAAAAAAAAAUGUGGUUGACAAUUUCUCUUCCAAUGAAGUAUUUUAUUGUUUACUGUUAUUGUAAAGAUUUUAUAGAGCGUGUCAUAAUAAAUGUUUAUGAUGGAGAAAAUCAGACUGCUACUUAGCUAUUGUGGCAUAAUAAUAAAAAAAAAAGAAAAAUGAACCUUUCAGCGUGAUGCCACUGCAAACUGCAACCACUAUAAUGUUAAUUUAACACCCUUUUUUGUAGUUUUGAUUACUACCUUACAACAUCUGAAUAUGUUAACCUUAUUAAGUGUACCUAAUAUUGUAUAUAUUUAUCCUACUUCCAGUAAUAUCGAAUAUGAAGUAAAGUUAAUUUGUGGUAUUGUAACAAUAUAGACAGACUAUACGAUUGCAAAUGUUAAUAUGAGCAGAUUUUUUGACACCUCUGUACUG